AUGGAAAGCGGGAUGCGUCGCCUGUUUGCCCAACCUUAUCCGGCUGAAUUGGGCCGUGCACAAGGCACGGAACCGUUCAGCUUGGAAGAUGCACGUCGCGUCGUAUUUUUUCCGUCCUUGUCGGACAUGAAGACCUAUGUCCACGCAUUUGCGCGCCCGACACCGUCAUCAGCGAGAAAGGAACAGCUGAUGAAAUUCAAGCUGCUGAGCGUGUUCUACACGAUUCACCGCUUGGAUGGUGCGCUGGUGGAUCGCUUUAUGCAUGCCGGCGGCCUGCUGUCACUGGUGAGUUUGCUUGGCGAAGACAACCCUUACAUCCAGUCGCAAGCCAUGGAGCUGUUGACGGAUUUCCUCGGCCCCUUGAUGACUUCUUCGGCUUCGGGUUCCAUUCGACAGGCGCACCUGCACCAUCAGAUGUACCUUUGUCUGAAGGCAGGUGCGCUCUUCCAGCGCGCUGCUGAUAUUCUGAACCAGCCGGGGGAGGUCUUUCCUAAAAGCUACAGCAGCAGCAUCCGGCUGUUGGCAGGAGCUAUCGGCUGGCUACGGCCAAUGGGCGAUGACGUCCCUGAGGCCACCGUACCUCCAGAGGCAGCUGCAGCGGUGGCAGCUCUUCAGCAUUGCAUCGGCCGGUCCCAGGGCGCGCUUGCGCCCGACAUCCGGAGCACCGCAGAAGCUGUCAUGGAGGAGCUCGCUGGAUCACCCACCAUCCGUUCCGCUCCUCUGAGUGGCGAUGCGCUAGCCAAGGCAGAAAUGGCCAUCUUUGAUGCCGAAGCUCAGAAGACGGAGGAUGCAGCACAUGCCUGGCAAUCCCUGAAGCUCCUGGGCAACGAAGCUUUUGGUGCUGGCCUGUGGUGGCCAGCCGAAGCCGCAUAUAGACUGGCUCUUGAGGACGGGGCCCUCUCGCUUCCGGAGACCGAGGCAUCCUUGAUCGCAUCGAAUCGUGCCCUCGUUCUCCUCAAGGCCGGCGCCCCCGCCGAGGCUGCAGCCUCCGCUGCGGAGGCGCUCGCGAGAAACCCACGGAAUUCCAAAGCAGCUUUCCGACGGGCCCAAGCACUGAUUGAACUGCCUGGGCGUGCAGAGGAGGCGCUGGAGGCUGCGAGGGUGGCGGCGAAUCUGGAGCCCCAGGACACCAAAGUGGCGGAGCUGCUGCAGAAGGCGCAAGAGCUCUGCGGCAAGAGCGAGGGGGCCCCUCCGGAGCCGGCAGGCGGCAUGGAUUCGAUGGACUGA